AUGGGUGAUAAUAGUAGUACUGAAGAUAACACAGAUUAUCAACAAAUUCCAAACUUUACAAAAUUUGUUAUUAUGCUUUCUCUUCAAGUGCCAUCGCUUCUUUGCUAUACACUAAUUUUCGUAUUCUUUUUUAUUAACAAGACAAUUCGUACAGCUCCACAAAAUUAUGCACUCUUUAUUGUUUUAUUUCUUGAUUUUACUAUCGUUGGAGUUGAUAUUUCAUGGAUGAUAUCAUUGUAUCAUACGGGUAGUUCACCAUUUAAAUCUUUUAUCUUUUGUGAAAUUUGGCGAUUUGUUGAUUUUCCUGUUUGGGCGAUAUGUCAAAUAUUAGUAUCAUGGAUAUCAUUUGAACGGCAUAUUCUAAUUUUUCAUAACCGUCUUUUAGUAGGAAAAUGGAGAAUGAUAUGUCUACAUUAUGCACCACCUAUUAUUCUUAUUGUGUAUGUCAUAGGUUUCUACAUUUAUGCAUUAUAUAUUUAUCCGUGUGAGAAGUCUUAUACAUUUGAAAAUGUUCAAUGUAGUUAUCCAUGCUAUUUAAACUAUGCUAGCAUAGCCUUGUGGGAAUUUAUCGUUAAUUAUAUGCUUACAACAAUAUGUAUUAUAAUAUUUAGUUUUGGUCUUUUCAUUCGCGUUCUAAAUUCAAGAAGACGUCUUACACAAUCACGUAAUUGGCGAAAGCACAGUCGAAUGGCUUUUCAAACUGCUUUCAUAUCAGGUCUCUUUAUCAUAUCAAUUUUUCCUUUUUGUAUUGUAAAUCUGUUCUCUUUAAUCAGUUAUUCUGAUUGGACAACACGAGCUCUAGAAUAUUGUAAUUUUAUCUCCUAUUUAAAUCCUCUUCUUUUACCUUUUGUAUAUCUCAUUUCACUACCUGAAGUUUGGACAAACGUUCAUAAAAUCAUCUAUCGUUUAAAAAAUCGACGAAUCGCUUCCCUACCACAUAUCGGUUAA